ACAAACGCGGAUGAUCGACAAGGGAAUAGAACAUGUAACCCAGGAAUGCAAACAAUUAUACGGGACGACAGCUGCCUGUGAGCAAUUUGUAGUCCAGGCCAGUGCCAUUAUGAAACAAAUUGAAAGCAAUUGUCUACGUGUUUUAUCCUCAGUUCAUAAAACUGCGCACGACAUAAAAAAAGAGGUUUAUUUAACGCUGUCGGUAGAGUAGCUAAUGUACUUUUCGGUACAUGUGACGAUAGUGAUGCUGAAAAGUUCUACAACCAAAUAAAUGAGUUCAACCGAUUCAAGCUGUCCACUUCUCAUCUGAUGCAAUCCCAGACCACAAUAAUUAGAAACACGGUGAACGACAUCAACGAGACAAUGCAGAGUGUGACGAAACAAGCCGAAGUUGUCGACGAUUUAAUAACUCAUGAACGAAUAACAGAGAUGCAAUCAAACCUUAUACUCACAAUCAACCUUCUUUCGAUAGAGGUAGAAAAUUUGGUAGACAUUGUUAACUAUGCAACGCUCGGACAUAUCCACAGUAGUAUUAUAAUGAGUCCGAAAACCAUCAUACAACAAAUGAGUGAUAUUAAAAGCAAAUUACCGCCAAAUUCCGAAUUUCCGUUAGAAAUAACUACCAAUAGUAUAUCAGAUUUUUUCAAAUUAGCUACGGUUACAGUGAUAAGUGUGGAUGACACAUUAAUUUUUUCUGUCGAAAUACCCGUCACAAAUGGGAUGAGAUUUAUGAUCUAUGAAGUCAUACCACUACCUAUGCAGUUAACCCAGGAUCAAGUGAUUGUAAUCGAAGCUGAAUCAGCCUACUUAGCAGUGGACAAAACGCAAAAGAAUUUUAUUUCAUUCGGGGAACAUCAGCUGACAAAAUGUAUAGUUCUGGAAAACGCUUUCGUUUGUCCAAACGAACACCCCAUCAAUGUCAAUGACCAAUUGCAAAAUUGUGAGCAAAAUAUUUUCAAUAGUCCACCUAGUAUACCCAAUAAUUGCAACAAAAAAAUUCUCCUUUCAAAACCAGUCUGGCACAGACUAGCAGGCGAAAAUACAUGGCUGUUCGUAGUUCAAAACGAAGCCAUUACAAUACCAUGCGAAAACGAAAUACAACCUAUAAGAGUAACAUUAAACAACAUAGGGAAAAUAAGUAUCAACCCCAAAUGUAAAAUAUACACAAAAAAUACCAUACUGAUUCCCACGCGAAAAUUUAAAUCAAAAGUCUUCAUUGACUUUUUCCCUAAUAUUCCUCUAAAUGUAAUUCCAAUUAAUUUUAAAAAUACCGGAGGCGUCGAUAGACGACAUAUUUCAACUAUUAAGGGCAUUCAGUAUAAUUUUAAGAAUUUAGCUAGGGACGCGGGAGAUUUAAAAUCCUUACAGGAACAGAUAAACGCCGAGCUAAAUAGUAAUAAUAAUCAACAAAGGCACACUUACACCACGACAACGGUGACUAUAAUUGUAAUAAUAAUAAUAAUUCUAAUUAUAUUAGUUAUAUUAUAUUUAUUGUAUAGAAAAUUAAGUACAUUAAAAAAUAAAUGGAAACCCGGGGGCACCGGAAGUCCUAACGUCCUAUCUUCAACAGCAAGCACCAAUACAGAGGCAGAGCCUAUAGCUUGCACAACAACAGGCGCAAGAGCGAAAAGCCUAUUGCCCGAAAUAAUUUAAAAAUAGGAAGCCCAUAGGACAACAGGGCUUUCGUUUAGCCCCGGGGGUGUUGUGAACCCCUGCACGCGCCGCACGGUUAUGCACACUCAGCAUAUCGGGUAUGAGCGGCCGUGUGGGUUCACACGAUCGUCAGUCUGUAUUACGUAGAGCUACGAGAUUGUCUUUAUUUUGAUUAUUAUAACGUGUACAAUAAAAACCAGUAGUUAGAACCAACAGUCGAGUGUAAAUUUAUUUAAGGGAAACCUAACCAUCGUUGUAAUAAACGUCUCAGUUCGAAAGUACUAGUUGGCUAAACCCAGACAAACGGCAAACCGCGAACUCUGUAAGCACGGAUUCAACUGGGCUUACAACAUAAGAAACCCACGUUCCAACCGAACCAACUGUAACCUCUACACAAACCCAAUGACCCAUGUGGAUAAAAGCAAAAAAAACAUGUUAACUCAAAAACUAAAUUUUGAUUUAGAUACAUUUAAAUGUUCGA